AUGAAUUCUGAUUUAAUAAAAAUAUUAAAUAAAUCAUCACAGAUGGCAUUCUAAUAAGACUAUGACUAUUUAUUCAAGAUUCUCCUGAUUGGAAAUUCAGCAGUCGGCAAGGUUAGAUACUUAAUAUAAUAUAUUAGAGUUCACUAUUGUUACGAUUUUCAGAUUAGAUUUUUAGUGAGUCUUUUCUUCCAACAAUUGGUGUAGAUUUCAAAAUUCGUACUUUUGACAUGUAAGGAAAAUCUGUAAAGAUGUAAAUUUGGGAUACAGCAGGAUAAGAGAGAUUCAAAACAAUAACAGCAUCGUAUUAUAAAGGAGCACAUGGAAUAAUUUUGACUUAUGAUAUUACAGACAAAUAAAGUUUUAAAGAUAUUGAGAAUUGGUUGGCAGGUAAUAAAUAUAUUUAAAAAUAAAAGAGGUUGAAAAACAUGCUUCUGAGAAUGUGGUUAGAUUAUUAGUAGGUAAUAAGGCUGAUUUAGAAAGCANUUUUAUUUCCUAAAAUGCAAACUAUCAUCAUAAAUUCUAGAAAUUGUUCAUCGAAAUUAAUAUAUAGACGUUGUAUUAAAUAAGAUUAAAAAAAUUAACAAGAUAAUAAUGA